AUGGCUUCAUGUUUGUUUUUUUUUCUCCUUUUGGCAACAACUUUGACCACUUUCACAACCAGUCGCCCUCACGUCCCCAAACCAAAAGGCUUGGUUAUCAAACUUAUCCACAGUGAUCAUGCGAUUGUCCCAAAAUAUUUCCAGCCAGAAGCAAAAGCUAAGCUUGAGCCUACAAAUUAUUACUCCGGACCCCUACUGUUCAUCAACUUCCAAAUUGGCCAACCACCCGUCCAACAAUUCGCAGUGAUGGAUACAGGAAGCAACCUUCUUUGGGUUGACUGUGCUGGUUGCAGGCAAUGUCGUAGGCGGGCCAUCAACAGGGCAAUAUAUGAUCCGUCUCACUCAUCAACUUAUACAUCUAUACAGUGUGAUGAUCAACGUUGUAUCGAUAUUUCAGCAAAUGGAGAGUGCUCCCCAACCGGCCAAUGCUUCUACAACAAAAGGAAUUAUGCUAGAGGAUCAAUGUCCAGUGGGCUGAUUGCCACUGAACAACUCACCUUCGGACCAAUACAUGAAGGAAUCGCUGAAGAAAUUACCGUUGUGUCUGGUAUGGUAUUUGGGUGUAGUAGCGAUUCCCAAUCACUUCCUGAUUCCAAAUUCAACGGCAUUUUUGGACUUUCCAACAGAUCUUAUACCAUUUCGGCCUUUGGAUCAAAAUUUUCUUACUGCAUUGGAGAUAUAACCGAUAAAGAUUAUGGUUAUAACCUAUUGAUCUUAGGUGAGGAGGCAAAUUUUGAAGGAUUCACUACCCCUAUAGAUAUACAAUAUUCGGGUCAUUACUAUCUUUCUUUACAAUCCGUAACUGUAGGAAACAGCAACACCUACAUCAAUCCUAAUGGUAUGUGGUCCAAAAGUGCAGUGAUGGACACGGGAACAUCAGGUCUUUGGUUAGUCAGCGGCUUGUAUACAGAAUUUCGCAUCAAAAUAGUUGCUUUCAUGGAAGAUUUGGGGCUGAACUCAACCACUGAUGAAUCGAGAAAAUUGUGCUACCAUGGUAACUUCACGACAGAGCCAGUAAAUAGUCAACUAACAAAUGUGCAUACGAUUGCUUCCCUUCAUUUUGCUAAUGGUGCUGAUCUUGACUUGGAAGUAAAGAGCUUGUUCUAUAAUACUAAUAAGGGCACGUUUUGCUUGGAUGUGAAUCCCAGCAUUACUGAAGAGGUGACAAUCAUUGGAUUGAGGGCUCAACAAUCCUAUAAUGUAGGUUAUGAUCUCAUUGGACGAAUGCUCUAUCUCCAAUUUAGGGAAUGUGCAGCCUUAUUUCCAUGA